AACAAAGGACGUUUCGCUGCAUUUUUCUCUCAACAUUUUAAAGAAAGUGAAUUAAUUCAUAAUACCAUUAUUUCAAUAUGAUGAGUUCAGGCGGAGCGGUUCAAAUAAUAACUCCUGUAAAUCAGAAAUUCGAAACAAAUUUGGACUAUUUAAAGCGAAUUCUAUCAGCGGAUCAAAUAAAAGAUCGAAAUGUUGUGAUUGUUUCUGUUGCUGGCGCACUUCGAAAAGGAAAAAGUUUUCUAUUGAACUUUUUCUUGAAAUAUUUAAACGCCCAGUAUAAAAAACAUGAUGUGUCUGAUUGGUUGGGUGAAAAGGAAACUGGCAAUAGAUUGAACGGAUUUGAAUUUGCAGGCGGUCAUCAGCCCAAAACUACCGGCAUUUAUAUGUGGUCGGAAAUUUUCACACAUGAUUUCGCAAACGGUGAAAAAGUGGCGAUCCUGCUAAUGGAUACACAAGGAAUUUUCGAUAGUCGAACAUCAUUGAAGAAUAAUACAACAAUUUUUGCAAUCAGCAUGAUGCUAUCGUCGGUUCAAUGCUGUAAUGUCAUGCAGAACAUUCAAGAAGACGAUUUACAAAAUUUGGAACUAUUUACGGAGUACGGUCGGCUUGCAAUGCAACAAACGAACGAAAUACCAUUUCACAAGUUGCUCUUCAUCAUCCGCGAUUGGCCACAUCCUACUGAAAUUCCAUACGGCAAUGGAGAAACGUAUAUUGAUGAAAUAUUGAACGAAAGUUCCGAUCACACAACCGAAAUGAAACAAUUGAGAAGUCGACUCAAGGCAAGCUUCAAUGAAAUCGGUGCAUAUUUGAUGCCUAGCCCGGGUUCUGCCGUUGCAACUGGACGAAAUAUUAACGGAGACUUGAGUCAAAUUGACGCUGAAUUCAUUGAACAUUUGAAAAGUUUAGUGCCAUCAAUUCUCGCACCCGAAAAUCUGAUUUUGAAGAAAAUCAACGGACAGAAAAUACGAGCCCGUGAUUUGGUGACAUAUUUACAAACAUAUGUUACCAUUUUCAAUGAUGAAGAAACUCCGCGGCCGAACACAGUGAUGGCGGGCACUGCAUUGGCAUCUAUUAUGGCAGCGUUCAUCGAAUGUUUGGACUUUUAUGUUGAUUCAAUGAACCAACGCAUCGAAGAGAAAUCGCACAAUGAGAUUGCGCCAUAUUUUAAUCAGAUUGAGUUCAAAGAAAUUCACGAUGACGCCAAGGCAAACGCUUUGUCCAAGUUUGCAAUACAACCGACACUUGGUGGCGAUGAAAUAGUGCGACCAUUCCGUAAUAAGCUGGCCAAAGAUAUUCAAACGAAAUAUAAUUCAUUCAGACAGGCAAACGAAGAGAAAGAAAAUAAUUCAAAGGCUAUAGCGAAAGCGAAUAUCCAGGUGUUGUACAUGGACUGCUCAAAGUUCUACAACGAUUCAAUGUACAAGUCCACAGGCCAAAUUGAAUCAUUUUUGAAUCAACGGGACUUGCAGCAAAUGCACGAGUCUACCAAACAUGAAUCCUUUCUAAAGUUUGAAGCGCAACAGUUGCGCAAUAACAAUGAAUUGAACCAAACAUUCCGGGACAAACUUGAAAAUGAAAUUGGAGCUGCUUACAAUCGCUUCCAGCAGGAAAAUGAAAAUAAACGCAAAUUUACUGAAGAUCUGAAGAAUAAAACGGCAGAAGCAGCGGCAAAAGCAAGGGCUGAAGCCAGAGAAGAACAGAUGCAAAUGGCUUUAGCUGAAGCAAGAGCAGAUGCAAAAAAUUUGGAAUUGUUCAACAAUUGCUUGGGACGGUAUACAAAUGGGAUGCAAAAAACACUCAUUGAAAGUGAUUCAUUCUAUGGCAAAUCACAAUUGAACGAAAUUCAUGAAAGCAUAAAACAAAACAUUUUAUCAAAGUUUAAAACUGAACAAGAUAACAGUGGAAGAGACUCGAUGCUUCAAUAUCGUCUUGAAAAUGCCAUGGAUAUGAGCUAUGUACAUAUCAAAUAUGUGAAUGAUGAAAAACGAAGAGAUUUUCAAGAAAAGACCGAAUUGUUGGAUUCGAAUAAGAAAUUGCAAGACGAAUUAAAAGAAAGGGCCUCAGAGUCUGAUGAUAACAUUUUUUCAGGACUUCUAAGCACUGUUGUUAAAGCAAUGACAUCACUCUUCCAAUUAUAAGCUGCCCAAAACAACCACAAUUGCUCAACGUGGACAAAAUCAAAA